AUGAGAUCAAAACCUAAUUAAGCUUAAGAAGAUAUUAUGAUUAAGGAUCUUUAGAGGGUUAUCUAAUUAAAUGACUUACAGGCAAGAGAAAUUCUCAAUCAAACCUAAUGGAAUUUAUAAAAAGCUACUAAUUAUAUUUUAGACAUUCAAAAAUCAGGAAUAAAAAUUGAAGAGCAAUUUAAAAAAUAUGCAACAAAACAAUCAUUAGUAAUAGAUGAAAAUGGAAUUUCAUAAUUUUGUAAAGAAUUAGAAAUUGAUUUAAUGGACCCUGUUAUCUUAUAUAUAUCAUAUAUCUUUAAAAGUGAGACCAUGGUAUAUUUAUUUAAUAUUUAAGGGUAUUUAUACAAAAUUUGACUUUCUUUAUGGAUUUACAAUAUUGAAAGUCUAGUCUACAUCUGAAUUGAAAAAAGUAUUAAAACGUUUAAAAGAUGAUCUUAAUAAUAAUUAGGAAAUUUAAAAAUCAGUCUAUAAAUAUUGUUUUGAUUUUACUAAAUAAAAAAAUAGAAAAGAUAUCGAACUACGAUUUGCUCAAGGAUUAUGGGAAACACUUUUAACAAAUACAUUUCCAAUCAUGAAAUAAUUCUUGAAAUAUGUUAGUGUAAUGAUAAUUAAAGUUUUAGUAAAUUCAAGAAAAGGAUUAAAAACAUAUCUCCAGAGAUACCUAUUAUAUGGUUUGGGAAUUUUGUGUUUAAAUUGGUGAAGAUUUAUCUAAAUAUGAUUACAAAAAUGGAGCAUGGCCAACUUUUAUUGAUGGUUUCUAUUUGUAUAUGUUUCCUAAUCAUAAAUAAUGA